AUGAAUACAACAAUAAUAUCAAUACCAAUGGAAAACGAUGAUUUAUUUAAUAAAUAUAUGCGUUACAUUAGUUUUAUUUUGUCAUGUACAGGUCUUUUAUUCAAUUUUUUAUUAAUAAUUAUAUUGUUUUUAAUUGGUCGUCGUCAAUGUGCAACAUAUUUUUUAUUAAUCUCAAUGACAAUAUGUGAUUUUCUAUAUUGUACAAUUUAUGUAAGUAUUAUAUUAACAGUUGAUCAAUAUAUAAAUAUAAUAAAUCAUCAAAUAAUAUGUCCAUUAUCAUUUUUUUUAACACCAUUUACAUUUACUGGAUCAACUUUAUUACUUUUUAUUUGUCUUUUACAUUUAAUAACAAAUUAUGUACGUAAAUAUGAUACUGUAUUAGGCCAAUUAGGUGGGCGUUUAUCAGUUGUAUUUGUUUUGGCAUUUAUUAUUAUUCGUAGUGUACUUGGUUCAACAUCGAUUGAGUUAGUUGUACCUAAUCCAGAUAUACCUCAUAUACGAUUCUGUAUUAUUGAUAUGAAUACUCCUACAAUCGUUGCAACAAUACAAAAAAUUAAUCAUAUAUUUGCUGAAGUAACUGAUAUACUUAUUUAUAUUGGUUGGAUUAUUAUUUUAUUCAUAUAUUUUAUUAGUUUAGUUCAUUUUAAAAAAUUUUAUUCUAAUGAUCGAACCAAUGUUUCAUUGUCAACAAAUAAACCACACUUACAUACAUCAUUAUUAACGAAUAAUAAUAAUAAUAAUAGUAUUAAUAAUGAACAAAAUAUUGUAACAAUAAAUAUAGAAUCUAUUGAUCUAUUAAGUAUAACAAAUCCAUCAACAGUAACAACAACAAUAAGUAAUAAACAAAGACAUAAUGAUAUAUCAUUAAUAAUUCUUUCAAUUAGUUUGAUUUCUGUUAUACUAUAUCUACCAAUUAUGGUGAAUAAAUAUGUGACAAUGUAUCAUGUUUAUCGUAAUGAACUGUUAUUAACAGAACAACAUACAUAUUUUUUACAAUUAUUUCAACAUACAACACAUUUACUUUGUUUAUCAAUAAGAUUUUUACCAUAUUUUAUAUUUGAUAAACAUAUAAAUUUGUUUAUAAGUCAUAUGAUUGGAAUGAAAUGCACGAAAAUUCAAAGAGAAAGAAGUUUAUCAAGAAAACAAAAAUAUAAAUUAAAACAUAAAUAUAUUUGGCAUUGCCAAUGUUAUCGACGACAACAAGUAUUAGAAUUUGAUCAUAAUAAUGACGGAACAUAA